AUGAUUUUGGUUGAUUCUAAGACAACGAAAGUGAAGGAUACCGAUUCUGCGGUUAAAAAUGUGUUAUCUGUUAUUGAAUCUUUGAAGAAGCAAGUAGCUAUGAAACAUAUUGUUUCACUCAAGUAUAUCUUUGGAAUUCAUGGAGAAAUCAAAGAAGUUAUUAGGACUUAUGCUUUGAACAAAACAUGGUGGAUAAGUUUUCUGAUGGAUAUUAUUAGGGACAUUGUUGAUGUUAAGGGCAAUAUCUCUGCCUACACUAUCAACAGAGAAAAUCUAAACAAUAGACAAAAGCUUGGCUGUGAGAAGGGAACUGGUAUCGAUAGAGCAAGGAUGAAUAUGACAAAAUUAAGAAAUUCAGGGAUCUCAUGA